UUAAGUUGAGACCAGGAUGGGCAAAUUUGCCUCCCCUGUGCUUCUGGUCUUUAGGCUGCUUCUGCUCUCCGCCGGAGUCUGCGGUAACAAUAUCUGUACCACAAGAGGAGCGAGUUCAUGUCAACAGUGCCUGGCUGUAAAUCCACGUUGUGCUUGGUGUUCUGAGUUCAACCUCCAACAGGAGAUGCCAAAUGCUUUCUCUCGCUGUGACUUAAUGGAAAAUAUCCUUCAGAAUGGUUGCACAAAAGAUUUUAUAGAGUAUCCAAUCAGCAGGACCUUCAUACGGGAGGCCAGACCUCUCAGUGCCAAAGGAUCAGGGAGUGACAUCACCCAAAUGACUCCACAGAAGAUUGAGCUCCACCUGCGUCCAGAUGACUCCCAAAUUUUCUCAAUACAAGUGCGCCAGGUGGAAGAUUAUCCCGUGGACAUCUACUAUCUAAUGGAUUUGUCUAACUCCAUGAAGGAUGACCUCCACAAUAUCCAGAACUUAGGUACCAAUCUAGCCAUGAAAAUGCGCAAAGUGACCAGCAACCUGAGGAUUGGCUUUGGAGCUUUUGUGGACAAACCCUUGUCCCCUUACAUGUACAUUUCUCCUCCAGAGGCCAUUGAAAACCCAUGCUAUGACUUGAAACCACCAAAUGAUCACUGCCUGCCAAUGUUUGGCUACAAGCAUGUCCUAGCUCUCACAGAUGAGGUCAAGCGUUUCAAUGAGGAGGUGAAGAAGCAAAGUGUGUCUAAGAAUCGAGAUGCACCUGAAGGAGGAUUUGAUGCCAUUAUCCAAGCAGUUGUCUGUGAUGAUAAAAUUGGCUGGAGACCUGAUGCCUCCCACUUGUUGGUCUUCACUACAGAUGCCAAGACACAUAUUGCUUUAGAUGGGAGACUGGCUGGAAUUGUGAUACCCAAUGAUGGGAAGUGCCACAUGAACAGCAAUAACUAUUAUGAAGCUUCUACCACACUGGAUUACCCAUCCCUUGGUCUGUUGACAGACAAACUCUCACAGAAAAACAUUAACUUGAUUUUUGCAGUGACUCAGAACAUAGUUGGUCUCUACCAGAACUACAGUGAGCUGCUCCCAGGCACUACUGUAGGGACCUUGUCAAGGGACUCAAGCAAUGUUCUACAGCUCAUUUUGGAUUCCUAUGGGAAAAUCCGUUCCAAAGUUGAAUUAGAAGUCCGUAAUCUCCCAGAGGAAUUGUCCCUCUCAUUUAAUGCCACCUGCCUGAAUAAUGAAGUCAUUCCUGGAGUUAAGUCUUGUGUUGGACUCAAGAUCGGCGAUACAGUGAGCUUCAGUGUGGAAGCAAAGGUCCGCGGUUGUCCAAAGAACCAGCAGAACUCUUUCACCAUUAAGCCAGUGGGCUUUGAAGACAGCCUGACUGUCCUGUUGAACUUUAACUGUGACUGUGUUUGCCAGAAUUACUCUGAACCUUACAGCAAUAACUGUAACAAUGGGAAUGGCACUUUUGAAUGUGGGAUGUGCCGUUGCCACCCAGGCCGGCUGGGUUCCCAGUGCGAGUGCUCUGAGGAAGAAUAUGGCCCCUCCCACCAAGACAAUUGCAGCCCGGGUCAGGGACAACCACUUUGCAGCCAGCGGGGAGAAUGCAUCUGUGGCCAAUGUGUUUGCUACAGCAGUGACUUUGGCAGGAUAUCAGGCAAAUACUGUGAAUGCGAUGACUUCUCCUGUGUUCGCUACAAAGGAGAAUUAUGCUCAGGACAUGGGAAAUGCGUCUGUGGGGACUGUGCCUGCAACCCUGACUGGACUGGAACGUAUUGCAACUGUACAACUCGGACAGACACCUGCAUGUCCAGCAAUGGGCUGGUGUGCAGUGGGCAAGGCCGAGGAUACUGUGCCUGUGGGAAAUGUGUCUGUACUCAGCCUGGCUCUUACGGAGAUACCUGUGACAAGUGCCCAACCUGCCCUGAUGCCUGCACCAUCAAAAAGGAAUGUGUGGAGUGCAAGAAGUUUGAGAGAGGAAUCCUGAUAGAACAAGACACCUGCAACCGCAAUUGCCGGGAUGAAAUUGAGUUGGUUCAGGAACUUGGAGACAAGGGGAAAGAUGCUGUGAACUGUACAUACAAGGAUGAGAAUGAUUGUGUAGUGUACUUCCAAUAUUACGAGGACUCCAGUGGCAAAUCUAUCCUCUAUGUUAUUGAGGAACCAGAUUGUCCCAAGGGACCUGAUGUCUUGGUAGUUCUCCUUUCAGUAACUGGAGCCAUCUUACUUAUUGGCUUGGCUGCUUUGCUCAUCUGGAAACUGCUUAUUACCAUCCACGACCGACGAGAAUUUGCCAAAUUUGAAGAAGAGCGAGCCAGGGCUAGAUGGGACACGGCCAACAAUCCCCUGUACAAAGGGGCUACUUCCACCUUCACCAACAUUACAUACCGUGGGAAUUCAUGAGAUUACAGUCUUCCAAGGUCUUCUCCAUUCAUGUUUACAGAACUGUCUCUGUUGUGGGUGUGAGAG